AUGGCACACGGACGAGCUCAGGUAGACUUACCCGGCGGUUUUGUCGUCGGGCUUCGGAAACAAGACAUCUUCCACGCUCGAGGGAUCAAGUACGCGGAAUGCAAACGAUUCGAGCCACCAAAGCUCCUCGAGAAAUGGGAUAGUCCCAUCGACGCUACCGAAUCAGCUCCUGUAUGUUCACAGCGCCGCCAUGUCUGA